AUGAUCAGUGCUAUACUAAUUUAUACUCCGAGGGGUGAGUUGAUUGUGAGUAAGUUAUACAGGAAUAACAUCAAAAGAUCAAUAUCAGAAAUUUUUAGGAUCCAAGUAAUCAAUAAUUUUAAUGUGCGAUCACCAAUAUUGACGUUAGGUUCAACAACUUUUCAUCAUAUUCGUUCUACUGCCAAUGAUCCAACCGAUGAUGAGUUGUGGCUAGUUUGUGUAAAUAGGAACAAUGCUAAUAGUGCAGCAAUAUGGGAAUUCUUACAGAAGUUGAACUUAAUUUUGCAACAAUAUGGCAUUACCAGUGAAUCAAAAUUGAAAGACGAAUUUAUGACCGUGCAUGAAAUCCUAGACAACAUGUUGUUAGGGACUGGAAUUAUCCAAAAUACUGACUUGAAGUCAAUCGUAGACAAAAUGUCCGUGAAACCAAUCAGUAGAACCAAUGAAACAACGUCAACACAAACCGGUUUCUUAAAGAGAAGAAAUACCAUAUUAACGACACCAGGGGCCAAUUUCUCUCUUAUUCCCACAAAUAGACAUGAUGCCCAUAAGAAAAAUGAAAUAUUUUUCUUUGUCAAUGAAAGCAUGAACCUAUUAGUUUCAAAAGAUGGAUCAAUUUUGAAAAACUACGUGGAUGGUAAAAUCGAAAUCAAGAGUCAUUUGAACGGGAAUCCAACGUGCCAAUUUGAAUUAGUUGAUGAUCAAACGAAGAUAACUGAUUUCAAAUUUGAUCAGUGUAUUGAAAAAGUGCAAUCAAGAACUGUAAGGGUUGCCGCAACGGACGGUGAGCUCGAAAUAGUUAAUUAUCAUGUAAGAGAUGAUAAGAUAAAUAUUCCUUUCAAAAUUACUCCAAUAGUCUCUACAGUGAAAGAUACAGUAGAUUAUAGGAUAUCAUUAAAGUCAUUAUUUCCUAAGAACCUUUCGGCAACGGACGUUGUUUUGACUAUCCCAGUCCCACCGAAUACCAUAGACUGUAAGAUCAAUGUGUCGAAUGGUCAUUGCAAAUUCAAAGCUGAACAGAAUGCAGUGAUAUGGACUUUCAACAAAUUCAAUGGGUCGACAGAAAAUACCCUAAGCGCCAUAACAAUAGCAGAUGGCAGACAAAUCAUGAACCUGGAAAGUUGGACGAGACCGUCUAUCCAACUAACUUUCGAAAUCACAAUGUACAGCAUCAGUGGAUUGCUGCUUCGUAACCUUAUGAUUACUGACAAGGAUAAACGUCGCUACAAGGCAAGCAGAUGGAUUAAAUACAUUUCUAGAGCAGGUUCCUACGAGAUGAGAUUUUAA